CUCAGAUAUGUGUGAGCAGUUAGAGGAACACAGACUUGUUUCGCUGCUGCAAUGCGCGUAAAAGGCGCGUUUUCUUUUUUACGCACAGCGAAAAGUGCUAAAGAGUAAUAGAUAAUGAUAGAUUGUUAUCGUUAAGUCCACGUGAAUGACUUAAACUGUAUUCCUAUGUUUAUGAUUUCCAAGACAGCGGAGUCUUUAGGUGAACAUUCCAACAGAUUGUGCGGCGGUCGGGCUUUGCUGAAGCUUUCCUUUGUUCAGUUUGCGUUUGGCACUAGGAUCUUUAACUUUGUUACAAAAUGAUUUAGGAUUAUAUCCAGUAGUUUUAGAGUGAUUUCCGAUCUUAAACAGCAAAAUGGAUCCUUUAUAUAAUAUCACCAAUGCGUCAAAUUGGACCACCGGCUCCAACGACACUAAUAACGGGACCGAGUACUGGAACCAGUUUGUGCAGCCAGUCUGGAGAAUUGUGCUCUGGGCCAUUGCGUACAGCUGUAUAGUUAUCGUGUCCGUGGUAGGCAAUCUGACAGUGAUCUGGAUUAUUAUGGCGCACAAACGCAUGAGGACCGUCACCAAUUAUUUUCUGCUGAACCUGGCGUUCGCCGAAGCCUCCAUGUCCGCCUUCAACACGGUGAUCAACUUCACCUACGCCGUGCACAACGAGUGGUACUUCGGACUGGUCUACUGCCGCUUCCACAACUUCUUUCCGAUCGCGGCUGUGUUUGCCAGCAUCUACUCAAUGACUGCCAUCGCUCUGGACAGGUACAUGGCCAUCAUCCACCCUCUGCAACAGCGCAUGUCGUCCACAGAGACCAAGGUGGUGGUGGGAGUGAUCUGGGUGCUGGCUCUCCUCCUGGCCUUCCCUCAGUACUACUUCUCCAACACGGACCAGCUUCCCGGCCGGGUAGUGUGCUACAUCGACUGGCCCGAAUACGCUGUGUGUGACUUCAAAAAGAUGUACUAUGUGUGUGUGGCCAUCCUGAUCUACUUCCUUCCUCUACUGGUGAUGGGCUGUGCUUAUCUGGUAGUGGGACUGACCCUCUGGGCCAGUGAAAUCCCUGGAGACUCUUCUGACCGCUACAAGGAGCAGCUGACUGCCAAACGCAAGGUGGUGAAGAUGAUGAUUGUGGUUGUGUGUACGUUUGCCAUCUGCUGGCUGCCCUACCACGUCUACUUCCUGCUGCACCAGUUCUUUCCUGACAUGUUUGAAGAAAGAUUCAUCCAGCAGGUUUACCUGGCCAUCAUGUGGCUGGCUAUGAGCUCCACCAUGUACAACCCCAUCAUCUACUGCUGCCUCAAUGACAGGUUUCGUGCUGGCUUUAAACAAGCCUUCCGCUUCUGCCCCUGCGUCCCUCAAGGCUCUUACGAAGGUCUGGAACUCAAGUCCACUCGCUACCUUCAAACCCAGACAAGCGUUUACAAGGCCAGUCGGAUGGAGACCACCGUGUCAACUAUUCUUCAGGUUGGAGAUGACAUAGAGCAGCCCAAGGUCAAGGCGGUAGCAGGUCAAAGACCUGGUGGGGCCACGGUUGGGGCCAGACCACAUAGCUCCUCCUUGGACCUCACCUCGAAUGGGUCAUCAUCCCGGAGUGUCUCCAAAACAGUAUCAGAGACAUCCAGUUUCUACUCCAGUAACAACCUGCAGGAAUAGACCUCAAACACAGGUGGCAUUUUGCUGGACAGCAGGAAGAGAGAGUGAGUUGACUGUUCACAUAGCUGCUUUUGCCCAUGUGUGUUCAUGCAAAAGUACAGCAUGAAUGUGUGAGUUUGUCUGCCAGUGACUGUGUGCUGUCAUCAUCCAUAACAACAUUGUAUAAAAUCCUCAUGCUGCUCACAGUUAAUGAUCAACUUUCAUUUGAAAGGUUUGCUCAGUGCCAAAAAGUGAUGACGAGUUCUUUGAUGACAUGAGCACAUUCCAGUUCAAAAGUUAAACUGAAGCAGAAGAUAGCGCCUCUAAUCUUCACAGCCUCUGCCUGUCACACCAGUCUUCUCUCAGUGCAGAGUGAAGGUUCACACAUCAUCAAUCACACAAGCUGUGUGACUUCACAUAGUCUAUUUUCGAUUGGAGCUAUAACAUGAGACAAGCAUGCUGUGAACACAGUGGCAUCUUGUUUUAACAGAAGUGUUGUCUGCAAAGAGACAGAGCUUGAAAACCCUUUACACCUCUAAUGGAGAAAACCUAGUUUUCAUAGGAACUCUCUCCCCAGAAGAUAAAAGUUAAAAACACAGGUAGAUGUGUGGUUUCAGUUGAAAGGCUCUCCCAGAAGAGGUGUUGAAAAGACGGAAACAACAAAGCAUAAACUCUGAACUUUGCAUGAGCGAGUCCCGAGCUGAUCAGGAUGCCAACUCGAUCUCCCUGAGCAGGACUUUCUUAGCAAUCGAAUGUGCAAAAUGAGUGCCUGUCUGGCUGAAGGAGUGCUCAAAGGAUCCCCUGCAGGCGUUGCUGAAAAAUUGGGAGCAAUCACCUGAAAUACCGGCAGCGUUUGGCUCAGCUUUCAUCUGGCUAAACAUUGACUUCAACAGCUGGAAAUAUCAUCUCUAAAACAUAGACGUGUCUCAAAAGCUGAAGAGGCAACAGCGAACCUCAAGAGAAAACUGCCCAAUACGAGAUCUCAAUCUCAGAUGUAAUUCUCCAUGACACACACUAAACCCAAGCAACUCUGGUGUGUAGCUUGGAGAUCGAUCCGCAAUGGAGAGAAGAUGAAAUGGUCCAGUUUCCUACAGAAUCAAUACAGUUUAACAAUAAUAACUGUCCCCUCAGCUGCCUGUCUGUGUAACUCGCUCCACCUUUAUAAGACACAUAACACUGGUUCGUGAUCUGAAUGCAAGGCACCCCUUUCAAACUGUAAAAUGUUUCUCUCAUCAGCUGCUCUACCCUUCCACCUGGCAGUAACAUGCACUCCGUGUCUAAACGCGAUUUGGCUGGAUUACAUUUAUUUUUACAUUUACCACCAGUACACACACUUUCUUGCCGCCUCUUUGAUAUUUGUUUUUUCUUUUUCUUAGUAUUUUCAUGUUUAUCGAUGUGGCUAAAGUCAUCUCAGACAUCCAAAUAUCUACAUUUUAUAUGCUGUCACUCCACCAAAAUGUAAUCCAGGCACACAAGCUGCAUGUUAAUAUCAGGUUUAAGGGGCUUUGUAGUCUUUGCAGCCUGGAACGUCCACAGGCAGCCUGUUAGCUAAUGGCUCUCUAAUGUGCAGUGAUAUGCCUUGCUGCGUAGCAUAAUGUCUGUAAAAGGGCGAGGGGAGCUGAGAUGCAGCUCACUCUGCUGGGGUCCAGGAAAAGGUUGGUUAGGUAACAUCAGCUAUGGAAGCCCACUGGGACAAACUGUCUCCUAUAGUGGUAAACACAUACACAUACCAUAUGUAGACCCAUAAACAUAUAACCAAUGUAAAAAAUAAAAAUGACAAGCUUGUCUUGGGAUUUUAGAAUCAGAAUCAGCUUUAUUCGCCAAGUACGGGUGUACAUACAAGGAAUUCGACUACGGUACACUUGCUCUCAAUGUACCAGAAUUGACAUAAAUACCCCAAAAUUUAGUCAAGCGGUGGAAUAUACAGAAAUAUACAAUAUACAAAAACUAUAUAAAUA